GGGGUCAAUCGGCUCCAUCAUGCUGUACGUUCUGCUGUUCGUGCUCGGUGCUGCCACAGCGGCUCCGUCAGAAGCCGUCCUGGGGGAGUCGGCUCCCCAGGAGCCUCCGGAAGCCGAAGUUCCGAUCCUCCAGUGUCCUCUGGCAAGCGAAACUUACCCUUGUUCAUGUCUGCAUGUGAGGGCCGACACUGCCGAUGUCAGAUGCUACGAAAUUCAACCGUCGACCAAUUUGCAAAAGAUCUUCGGUCUCGUUUCGAAAUUCCAAAUCAGCUACCUGACCAUCGCGGACUCAAUUCUGGAUCAUCUGCCUGCCGAAAUUCUGCUGCCCCUAGACAUCAGCGUCAUCAAGUUGUCUCGCGUCAACUACACCAGGCUCUCGUUCCUGAAUGACCUCGCCCGCAUUUAUCCCGUGCCCAGACUCCUAUAUAGUCUAUAUUCGAUCGAAGUUGACCGGGCGAGGGGGAUUGACAAAUGGGACUGGUCCGGCUUCCAAGGAUUCAGUGCUCUUGAUCGAGUAAUAAUCAGGGAGUCUUCGUUCCCUCGAUUGACGAAGUCCUUCGGCAGCUUGCCCAACACAGUGACCGAGAUCAGCUUCGAGGAUAUACGCGAUAUGGAGAGCAUAGCGUUCGGAGCCCUCGCCAGACUCCACAACUUAACGACAUUGAGGAUCAAAGGCACUCCGCUCGACGUUUUCGAGAGAAAUGUACUCCCGACGCCUGCGGCGAAGCUUCGGGUGCUUGACCUCUCUAAGAAUCGUCUGAAGUCGCUACCGCUCGAUUUCCUAAAUGAGAUGCCUGCUCUGCAAGUUCUUUCGCUCAAAGAGAACCAAUUGGCUUCGUUGGCUGCGGCGACAUUCGCUCCCAUCAGCCUGCGGUCAAGACUUCAGCUCAACCUGGCUCGUAAUCCAUUCAACUGCGACUGCAACCUCUCCUGGCUGAACUUACUGUUCUCGAAAAACUCGGCAAUCUUCGGGACUGAUCUUGAGAUGCAGUGUUCGGAGCCUGCGGCUCUCAGAGGAGAGUUCCUGCAUGCCCUGGAGCCCAAAGACUUUCAAUGCCCUAGAUCCUAUAAUUUACUGCCUUUCCAAAGAGCAUACGAUUCUAAUCUUCUGGAGUUUGAAGCUGAACGCAUUCCCCAGCCCGCGUUCUUGAGUCAAGCGGAAGCGUCGCUGAAGAUUCGGAAAUGA